UCAUAUAAGCUAGUUAUUCAAUUACUCUAUUAAGUUGCUCAAUAGAAUUCAAGCUUGAAAUACUUCGCUAAUUUCUUACAAUUUACAAAAUGAACAGCGACGAUUCAGAUAUGGAAAAUAUGAAUGAAGUGGACGUGGCUGAAUUACUUGAGGCAUUUGGAACAAUAGGAUCUGAGCAAAUAGUUGAAUCUGACGAAGCUGCUUCUACCGAUGAACCAGAUACACUUCAAACUGAAAUCCUCAAGGCACAAAUUCAACAAUUGCAAUUUGCCGAUCAGGUAAUAAAUAACGAUCUUCCAACGAUCGCUAUAGCGACUCAAAGCAGUGUCGUCAUUGUGGCUGCCAAGAUGCAGGCGAAUUGUUUAGUUGUAAGUGAUUCCAUUAUGAGGAUGGAAAAUAUCUCGAAGUACAUUGCGAUUGCAUAUGCCGGUUUAGCCGGUGACUUUCGGGAGUUAACCAAGUCGGCGGUCAAGUUGUAUUACGACAAUAUAAUGAAGCACAAUGCAGAGAUGAGGGGCAAACAAGUGGCAAACGAUCUGAGAAAAACUAUAUUGAAAAAUGCCCAGUUGCCCAAAUUGCGACCCUUUGCAAUUCAAUUGCUCAUUGGCAAUUGGUCAAAUGAUCACGGACAUCUCUAUCAACUUGAUUCUUAUGGCACCUUGAAGUCGCCCAACUUCGCGUGCAUUGGCCGAAAUGCCAAGGAAGCCAAUGGUUAUCUGAAGAAAAUGAACCUAAGCGAAACUAAUACGGUUGAGUCGACCAUUCUUUUUGGCAUUCACGCCUUAAAGUUGGCUCUUGAAACGGAAGUGAUUUGUCCAUUUGAACUAGAUGUUGGCAUCAUUGAUUGCAAUGGUUUUCGAUAUCUAAGUCAGGAGGUUAUCUCUGAGAAUUUAUACACGUUGUUUACUCUCAAAUAUCCAGAAGUUGUGAAAUAGUUAAACGCAAUAACGUUU